AAUCAUCACAGCUAUAAAGAAGCAGCAAGGUGAACAGGUUGAUUUUGAAAGUCUUGACUGGUCCUCAAAAUGUGAAAUCUUGAGAUCUAAUCCAGUUACAACCAUGAGGAUGUUUGACAAACGUGUGGAAGCUCUGUUCAGAGACCUGCUCAUGUCCCCUGCUCAGCCGCUUGGUGAGAUUGUCGACUUCUUCUACAGAGUUGAGUUCCAGCACAGAGGAAGUCCUCAUAUACACAUGAUGCUCUGGGUUCGUGGUGCUCCUGAAUGUGACAAAGAUUCUGAUCAAGCCGUCUGUGAUUUUGUAGACAGAUACAUCUCAGCACAGCUGCCUGACCCAGAAACACAACCAGAACUCCACAAGAAAGUCACAGAAGUUCAGAAACACAGCAGGAACCACACCAGGACCUGUUUUAAGACCAUGAACUCUGGCUGUAGAUUUGGGUUCCCUAAACCACCCUGCAGGAGAACAAUGAUUAGCAGAACCGAUGAGGAACAUGACCAAGCUACUGCUAAACAGAAACUCAGAACUUUGGUGAGUCUGCUCAAUGAACCAGAAGCUGCAUCACUGACUUUAGACCAGAUUCUGUCUCGAUGCACUUUAACCAUGAGUGAGUAUGAAGAAUGCAUCCAGUCCAUGAACAGAAAGACGGCCCUGAUCCUGAAGCGAGAUGCAAAAGACAGCUGGAUUAACAACUACAAUCCACAUCUGCUAGAGGCCUGGGACUGUAACAUCGACGUGUCUUUUAUCCUGAAUGCAUAUUCAUGUGUGGAGUAUCUGACCAAAUACAUCACAAAGAAGGAAAGUGGGCUUUCUGACUAUCUGUCUACAGUGAUCAGUAGCUCUAACAUGGAUGGAGUCAAUGAGUGUGAGGAGAUGAAAGCAGUCAUGCAGGCUUAUUCUAAGAAAAGAGAGAUCAGUGCUCAGGAGUGUGUGACUCGUGCUUGUGGUCUUAAGAUGAAAAAAUGUUCACGCAGCAUUGUUUUUGUCCCCACUGAUGACAACCCAGUGAAAAUGAGCCGUCCCAUGUCUUUCCUGGAGAACACGACACCAGACAGCUGCAACAUCUGGAUGACAAGUCUGAAUGACAAAUACAAAUCCAGACCUGAGACUCCAGAGUACGAGGAAAUGUGUUUAGCUGAUUUUGCAGCAACAUGCAGGUUUGUAAGUGAAAAAGAAAGUGUGCGCAAAGAUGUCCUCCCUCUCCUCAACCAGCUGGGAUUUGUGCAAAGGCGUCAGAAUAAUAAGCCUUGUGUCAUCAGGUUUUAUCACUGCUCUAAAGAGAAACACCCAGAGGAGUUUUACGGAAGACUGCUGAGACUUUACCUUCCACACAGAUCAGAGCAGGAACUGAAAUCACGCCGAUUACAAACUCAUCAGUCCUACUACAAGUCCGGCUGGGUCCGACUACCAGGUUCAGAACAUUCUGAGUUUGUCAAGGACAUUGUCACCAGAAACCAGGACAAAUAUGAACGCAACAGUAAAGAGAUCGAGUCUGCUCUUGAGGAAUUUGAACGGGACAGAGGUGAAGGUUGUGAUGAGUGGUCUAAUCUUGCUCCAGAAUCUGAAGUUGUGAGACUGCAGUGCGAUGACCAGCCAGAGGACCAACAGGAGGAUGUUCCAGACUACUGUGCUCCACCUGCAGCAGAAGUCAGAGCUGUCAGAGAAACACCUGCCAUCGAUCCCACUGUGUUGCGUCAGAUGUACCAGAAUCUAAACCAGAAGCAGGCCUGUGUGUUCUAUGCAGUCAGAGACUGGUGUAUUAAACGUGUGUGCGGCCUCAAUCCAGAUCCAUUCUUUUUCUUUUUGGAGGGAGGUGCUGGUACUGGCAAAUCCAUGGUUGUCAGAUGCAUUCACUCUGAAGCAUCCAAGAUUCUGAGCAGACUGCCUGCCGAGGAUGUUGACCUUUCAAACCCAACUGUUCUGCUGACGUCAUUCACGGGAACUGCUGCGUUUAACAUCGGUGGCACCACACUGCACUCGCUCCUCAAACUACCCAGAAGCCUGAAACCUCCCAUUCAAGGACUUGGUAACCAGCUAGAUGAAGUCAGGUGUGAACUUCUGAAUGCAGAAAUCCUUGUUAUCGAUGAGAUUUCCAUGGUUUCAAAGCCUCUGUUUGCCUACGUGGACGCUAGACUGAAACAGAUUAAAGGAAACCAGAGACCAUUUGGUGGAAUGUCAGUUUUAGCUGUUGGAGAUUUUUAUCAGCUACCACCAGUUCGACAGUCUAAGCCCCUCUGUGUCUAUGACCCAUCAGACAUUGACCUUUGGCAGCCAUAUUUUCAGAUGGCAAGUCUGACUGAAAUCAUGCGGCAGAAAGAUGAUGUUGCCUUUGCAGAGAUGCUGAACAGGAUCAGAGUGAAGGAAAAGACAGAUGAGCUCUCUCCAGCAGACAGAGAUAUGCUAUCACGCACCAUCACUGAACCAGAACUCUGUCCCUCUGAUGUGCUGCACAUUUUUGCCACCAACAAGGAUGUGGAAGCUCAUAACUCAGCAACACUGGAACGGCUGCACGAUAACAUCAUCACAAUAGAUGCAGAUGACUUCCAGAAAGACCCACGAACUGGCAGAAUGGAGAGGAAAGACACACCUUUGAAAGGAGGAAGAGGUGAAUUGUCUGACUGUCUGAAAGUGGCUGAAGGAGCUCGAGUCAUGCUGACGAGAAACAUCAAUGUCCAGGAUGGCCUGGUUAACGGUGCUUUUGGUAAACUGGUUAGAGUGAUAGCUUCUGAAAUAGACCCCCAGCACAUUUUUAAACUUGCUCUGAGAAUGGAUAACCAGUCAUCUGUCAGGAGCAACCGCCAUGGAGCUUCUGGGUCUGAUGAUCUUGUUUACAUCGAGAGAGCAGAGGACAGCCUGAAGCAGAGAGGAGGUGUACGCAGACAGUUUCCUGUAAGACUGGCUUUUUCCUGCACCACUCACAAAACUCAGGGUCUCACGACACAUGCAGCUGUGGUCUCACUGAAGAACAUCUUUGAACCUGGAAUGGCAUACGUGGCUCUGAGUAGGGUGACUAGCCUCGGUGGACUGUAUCUCCUGGGUUUGGAUGAGAGAAAGAUCUACGCCAAUCCUGAUGUGACUGCAGCACUCCAGAGCAUGAGACAGGCCAGUGUGGAUCAAAUGAUGCCUCUUCUUCUGGUGAGAGAAGCAGUAAGCAGACCUGACACUUUGACCCUAAUUCACCACAACACAGAGGGUUUACCGGCUCACAUCAAUGACAUAACGAGUCACCACGAACUGUCUUUAGCAGAUGUGUUGUGUCUGACAGAAACACACCUGCAAGGUUCUUUUGUUGCAGAAAGUCUUGUUCUGGAUGGCUACACCAUGUUCAAACGCAGCAGACACCAGUCCUACACCAAGUUUCCUCAGAUGGCCUGCAAGAGUGGUGGUGGAGUUGCUGUUUAUGUGAAAAACCACAUUCACGUCCGUGAGAAACGCUAUGUGCACAAUGUGACUGAUCUGGAGUUUUUGGUUUUGAAGGUUGAGACACCGUUUCCAGCUCUGAUUGCAGUCAUUUACCGACCUCCAGACUACAUCAUGAGACCAUUCAUGGAGAACUUGGUAAGCCUUUUAGACUCUCUAGAGGUCAUGGACUGUCAUCCAGUCAUUGUAUGUGGCGACUUUAAUGAGAAUCAGUUUUCAGGUGGAAGGAAGCAGAUUGUAGAGCACUUUCAGUCCAGGGGGUAUGCACAGAUGAUCACUUCCGCCACCACAGACAAGAACACACUGCUUGACCUUGUUUUUAUCUCUCAGCCCCAGAGGAGCUUACAUUGUGGUGUCCUGAGAACCUAUUAUAGUUACCAUGACCCGGUUUUCUGUGUGUUGUCCUCUAGCCAACCAUGAAGUGAGGUGAGUUUUAAUCAUGGACAAGUGGAGUGACGUGUUAAUGCAGAAUAAUGUUUUAUUUUGAAAGUUUGAUGAUUUAACAGGAUUGAAUCAAAUCUUUUCUAGUAUAAAGUCUGUCUGAAAUGAGAAUCAUGAAGUUUCACUUUGCUUUUAGCCUAUAUUUAUAAUCACAGUUUAAAGCAUAAGUUAUUGGAUGACAGGUCAUAAUUAUGGAACAUGACAAUGCAUUUUUCUGAUUGUUCUAAAUAUUGUAAAUCACUACGUUGUUCAUGUAAUUACAUUUUCUACCUUUUUAUUACUAUGGAUUCAUGUUUUCUACUACAAACAAUUUUAUUCAGAACAUUUUUACAGAUAAAAUCUAUAUGAAAACUGAUUUAGACAAUGGCGGUCUGUGCAUUUACCUGGGUGGGUGGGUUAAGGGAGGGUAAAUGCACAGGUCCGACCAUUGACUGCAUAAAACCAGCCGGCACCCCACUAAAUAGGGGGAAGGGGUGGUUGGGUGGGGGUAAAUUUUCUUUUUUUGUUAGGUUUUUGGAAGAUUUAUCUCACACAGGAGACAUGUUCUCCUGUAUCCUUUGAUAAAACACCUUCAAGCUUCUUCAACAUCAGCACAACCCAAAACAUCUCAGCAUCAGCUUCAUGAACUGAUGAGUCAAACCUGCACCGCCAUUGCUGGACCACACAGGGACAUCACAAAGACUGCUGUUCCACGAGCUCUCAUCCCACAGGAUACAGCUCCUGUCAACCACCACCUGACCUUCUGGCUCUAAGAGCUUCACCUUGCUGCUGCCACUCUCUACACCCGCUGUUCUGAACCAUCAAAGACAUCUCUGCCUCCUGCCAGGGUCCAGGAUCAUCUCAGAUGAUGGAAGGUUUCUUCUGCCUUCAUGUUACAUCUGAGAGCACUGAACCAACUGAAACAUUUAUCAACACUCAGUGACAUCUGGGUGUGGGACAGACCUGGUCAGGAGAUGUUUAUUUUCUUUUGCAGGACUCUAAGUCUCUUCCUUGAUGCCUGCAUAUCCUCCUCUGAGAUUCCUCUGUGUCACCGUCUGACCUCGUCUGACUCUGGUUGCUGCAGAGAUGCUGUUCAUACUCAUUUCCUACUUCACUUUUGCAGCAUCAUGUCUACCUCAUGAGGCAUAAAGCUGAACGUCCUGUGCUACAGCAGCAAACACUGAAGCCGCAGGUUGUUGCACCAAUAAACAUCCACUCUGGCAUGAUCACACUAACAUCUUAACACGGACACUCAUUCAGCUGACGGUUUCCAUCAGCAGAUCCAGGAAACAGGAAAAUGUCCCAUAUGAUCAAACUGGAACUCAGCACUCAUUUCAAGGCUGUCUCCACUUUAUUUUGUCACCUGUCAGUUAAAUGAACCAUUUAUCUAUAAUAUGUAUCUGAUACAUUAUAGUUUUCAUUUGCUUUAGUUUCUCCUCUCUGUUAUUAUUGUUAAAGGAUAAUGUAGAACUACAAUGAUGGAGGUAGCCCUGUGACAGGCUAACCCAGUGUUAACACUGACCAGUAGGCGGGUUUAGGCAAGGCAAGACUCACACAAACAUAUCAUAUGGUCACCUGCAUCAGUGUCAGGUGCUGUCUGAUCCAAACCCAGCAAUCUUGUAAAUAUAGAACAUCCCUACUUUAAUACUUUAUGUACUGAAAUUGUUAAAUUCCAAACAAGUAAAAAUGAGUAAGCAGCUCCACUUUCUAUCUGCUCUGUGCUUGAGUGAGUCCUGUCUGGGUGUGGGGUGUCGGCUGAUAUGUAGGUAUAGGACAGGUGUUCCACAUAUGUGCUGUGACACCAGGUAAACUCAUACAACACACCUCAGUGUUGAGAUGGGAGUCAAACUGAAAGUAUUCAAAGAUGAACCGGUCAUAUCUAGUGAAGUGGGGGCUUUUUGAUAAAAAAUCUGACCUCAGGUCAUACAGGUGACCAGGAUUCUAAGAUACAUUAAACCAAACAUCCCAAAUUUAGGUAUUUAUCAUGAUUUUGAUCUGUUUUAAACUCAUUUUAAAGAACAGCUGUGGUAUCAGAACACAUUGUGUAAAUAUUUUAGCUUAAGGUUAACCAUUAAGGUUUAACUAAACCAUUUUUCACUUUUACAUUUACAAGUUUUAUAGAAUACAUUUUAUUUUAUUUAUUUAACUAGUUCUCUGACUCACUAACUGCAACCAAAGCCCUGACAUGUUCUCCUCUUUCCCCAAAAAAUCUGAACUAGGGAGCAUUUAUAAAACUAUGACAAACAAACAAUCCUAAUUCAUGAAUUACUGACCAAUUUAUUAACUCAGUUGACAGUAUUUAAGAUAAUACUGAAUUGUGCACACACACACACACACACACACACACACACACACACACACACACACACAAACAUUAAGUGGAAUGUUACCCUACGUACAGUGUGCUGCAUUCACCUUUAUAGUUUUUAGUUUCCAAGUCAGAAUAAUGUUUAAGUUUUCUUUUUUGUGUUGGAUGUCAGUGAGCUCAUGCCUUCAUCAUAAAUAUACUUUGUUCUUAAAAUAGUUUGAGUUAAAAAAACAAAUGUUGUGUUCAGCUUAAAGCAUGUCUCCACAGUACAAACAGGUGCCGUUGUCAUAGUUAAAUUAUAAUCAUAAUGAUUAUAAUUUAAGGAUGGUUGGUACAAGCUUCCAUAUCUGUAAUUUUAUAGUCUUUUUUAUAACUGACUUUUCUUUUAAUCAUUUUGACCUCUGAGUUUUGUGUUUUAAGUCCUUCUUAUUAGUGAAACCUUCUUUCAAACAUUCAUUUUCUAAAACAUUUUUUUUCAUUAUUUUAACAAGGUUUUAAAAUGUGCAUUAGUGUUAAAUGCUAUAAGCUUUUGUCAUUUUUUUCUUUAAAUUCACUUGAAAUUCUUUUAAUUUGAAAACAUGAAAUUAUUUUAAUUAUUUUUCUCAUAUUUUAAAAAAAUUACUUGAUUGAUUUUAUAAAUUGUAAUAAUUAAAUUUUCAAUAUUUUUUGUUCUUUUACUGUAUUUUUUUAAAUUUUUUAUUAUGCUGUCCUACAACUUUAACGUUUAAAUAAAUAUGCUAUUAGAAUUUGCCGUGAAUUAUAUUAACAUUUUACUUCUAAACUAACCUGUUUUAACUCAAAUUUUCUGUAUUUCAAUAAAAAAAAUUUAACUUAAAAACAUUAAAUACUUCCUGGAUUUAUCACAAUUUCUUUCUGGUCCACUCACUUUUAUUUUUGAUUAGUUGAGAGAAAUUUAACAAUUUAGAGAUUUCAAGUCUGUUUCAUUACGUUUUAUACUGUUUUAAACUAUGUGAAGCAAUUUUUGAUUCUAUGUCUAUGCUAAGUGCUUUAUAAAUAAACUGUACAUCUAUUGUGACCAUU